AGGCGAAUGAGAGGAAGCCAACUUGGAAACACAGCGGAGGGAUCGAAACAAAGUCGGUGAAGACUUUCAGUUACUCGGAGCUGGGCGUCACUGAACUGGUGGACCGCCGAGGAGGGAACUGCACGCGCCGGCUUGUGAUGAAACACCGCUGUCCGAGUUUACAGCUCUGAACUCUAAAAAUCUAAAGUUUUUACAUUUUGCUUGACAAACUUUCGGCGGGUCUUCUGUCGAGUGCGCUCCAAGUGUGCCCUGUCUGUCCGGCCUGGGAAGCGAGCGACCCGUCCCCACAUGCCUUCUUCCCGCUAGUCAAACUCAACGACCAGGUGAGCUUCAAGUCCGGAUCGCACGCGGACCUCAUCAGGUAACGGUGGUCAUUUGACCCACGGCGGUCCCUUUGACGCCCCCCAGUCACGCUUCACGACUCUGGAGACAAGCACCGAGGAGCCGCCGAGCUCCAAAAUCAGGACAUGGAUCUAACAACAGAGACCGAAAAUCGACGCGGCGAGGGUGGGGGGAGACUCCGAAUAGACCCCCUGUACGUUGUCGCUAUCAUCUGCUUCCAAGUUUUAUCCACCGGGACUGCUGCCAUCCAGUUCACCAGGGAGCCCAAGUCUCAGGAUGCCCUGCAUGGCCGUAGCGCCAUGCUCCGCUGUGAGGUCAGCGAUCCGACUGACAUCACUUACAGCUGGCUCCACAAUGGGCAGCCCCUGGAAAACAGCGAGAGGAGGCACCAGGAGGGCAGCAAUCUCAAAUUCAUCACUGUGGACCGCCGACAGGAUGCAGGAAACUUUGAGUGUGUGGCACAGAACACUGCCAUGGGCGAGGUGCUCCACUCCACGAAUGCCUCCUUCAACAUCAAAUGGUUGGAAAGCGGUGGCGUGACAUUAAAGGAGCCCAUCUCAGAAAGGGAAAUUGAGAACUCAGCCCCCGUCACGCUACGCUGUCACAUUGAUGGACACCCACGGCCAACCUGCCAGUGGUUCAAAGACGGGGUGAAACUGACUGAGAAGAGCCAUCAGAUCAACAACAAGGAACGAACACUCACAAUCAAGAGCGCCACUCCAGAUGACAACGGUCUGUUCUACUGCUGCGCCAAGAACGCAGCUGGCCACGUCUGCAGCAACAGUAACUUCACACUCAACAUCAUAGAUAAGAGCUUUCCUCGACCAGUGGUCACUCCCGAGGACCAGGUGGUUAUGAGGAAUGAAGAAGCUGUGUUCCACUGCCAGUUCACGGCCGUGCCACCUCCUGCUCUGGAAUGGUACCACGAAACCGAGCUGCUGGUCAAUAAAACUCGUGUGUUCCUGCUGUCCAACGGGUCACUGCUCAUCACCCAGGUCAAACCCCGGAACACAGGCAUGUACAAGUGUGUUGGCCGUGGUGUCAGCGGCUCCCAAGUCACACAUGAGGCUUCACUACUUAUAGCAGAGAUUGAUGACAUGAUGCCCAAGAUGUCAAAGGUUUUCACAGCGGACACCCUGCAGCGGGUUCCUUGCAACGCCCCACGGGGACGACCCCAGCCCGAAGUCUGGUGGGAGAGGCGAGGUCAGCGGGUGCCCACAGAGGGACGAGUGUACCAGGAUGGCUCGGAUCUGGUCUUCAGCCCAACGGAGGCAGGCGAUUCUGGAGUCUACACCUGCAUAGCUCAAAACAAGGCAGGCCGCAGGACACAAGAAGUUACAUUCACUGUGGCCACCGCCCCUGUGUGGGUAACAAGGCCCCAAGACAGUCGUUUGGAAGAAGGUAAACCAGGUUAUCUGCACUGUCACGCCAAAGCAACUCCUGAACCUGAGGUCACAUGGCUUCGCAACAACAUCAUGAUCACAGCAGAGGACUCCCGUUUUAAACUAUUCCCGAACGGCACACUGAGGAUCAACAGCGUCGAGGUGUAUGACGGACAGAUGUACGGCUGUGAGACCAAAACCGUGGGUGGUCGACUAUCUGGCCAGGCCAGAGUCACCGUGCUGGAGAAGCUCAAGUUUACCCCAACACCACAGCCCUCCCAGUGCCUGGAGCUGGAUAAUGAGAUCACCAUCCAGUGCUUAGCUAAAGGCAGAGAAAGUCCCACCAUCCGUUGGACUAAAGCAGACGGAGGAGACCUUCCACCCCAUGUGGACCAGAAAAACGGCCAACUUCACUUCUCCAAAGUCACUCGCAGUGACGCUGGCAAUUACACCUGCAUCGCCUCCAACAGCCUCCAGGGGGAGAUCAGAGCUUUGGUGUCCCUCACAGUGGCAGUGUACAUUCGCUUUAAAGUGGAGCCUGAGAAUACGACAGUGUACCAGGGCCACACGGCAAUACUACACUGCCAGGCCACCGGCAACCCUGAGCCUCAUAUCCACUGGAUGGUGAAAGACAAGACGCUGGACAUCAGUAAGAACAGAAGGAUCCAGAAGAUGCCCAAUGGUUCCCUUGUGAUUGCAGACGUCACAACAGAUAACACAGGCAGAUAUACUUGUGUGGCUGGAAACAGCUGCAGCAUCCAAGACCGCGUGGCUCAGCUGUAUGUCGUUGAUAAACCUGCCCAGACGCAUGACGAGGACGAGGACAGAGCGCCCUACAAGAUGAUUCAAACUAUCGGCCUGUCUGUUGGGGCGGCUGUGGCAUACAUCAUCGUGGUGCUCGGCCUCAUGUUCUACUGCAAAAAGAGGCGCAACGCCAAAAGGCAGCACAAACGUCCAGAUGGAGAGGAGCCAGAGAUGGAGUGCCUCAAUGGAGGGGCUGUUCAACAAAAUGGCCACACCACCACUGAGAUCCAAGAAGAGGUGGCACUCACCAACAUGGGUACCAUGGCAACAACCGAGAAGCGCCACAGCCACGUUAACAGCGACAAGCUGCACUUCCCCCGAGCAAACCUGCAGACGAUCACUACCUUAGGCAAAGGAGAGUUUGGCGAGGUGCUGCUGUCCAAAGCCAAGGGCAUCGACGAGAGGGAGGAGGAAACGGUGGUGCUGGUGAAGAGCCUCCAGACUCGAGACGAGCAGCUUCAGCUCGACUUCCGGCGGGAAGCGGAAAUGUUCGGCAAGCUCAGCCACCCCAACGUGGUCCGCCUGCUGGGUCUGUGCAGAGAGGCCGAGCCCCACUACAUGGUUCUGGAGUACUACGACCUGGGAGAUUUAAAGCAGUUCCUGAGGAUUUCCAAAAACAAAGACGAGAAAGUGAAAUCUCAGCCUCUCAGCACCAAGACCAAAGUGUCCAUCUGUGCCCAAGUCGCUCACGGGAUGGAGCAUCUGUCCAAUCAUCGCUUCGUUCACAAAGACUUGGCAGCCCGAAACUGCCUUGUCAGCAGUCAGCGACGCGUCAAAGUGUCAUCGCUCAGCCUCAGCAAAGACGUUUACAAAAGUGAGUACUAUCACUACAGACAAGCAUGGAUCCCCCUGCGCUGGCUCCCGUCAGAGUCUGUGUUUGAGGACGACUUCUCCACCAAGUCUGACGUUUGGGCCUUCGGCGUGCUCAUGUGGGAGGUGUUCAGUCACGGGGAAAUGCCGUACACCAAACUUGGAGACAACGAAGUGCUGGAAGGCCUGCAGACCGGCAAGCUGAAGCUGCCCCCCCCAGAAGGAUGCCCCUCCAAAAUGUACAAGCUGAUGGUCAGCUGCUGGGCCCCCAGCCUCAAGGAGCGCCCCUCCUUCAGUGACAUCGUCCACAGCCUGGGAGAGCCGCCCUCUGACAGCAAAGUGUGAGACAUCAAAAAAGGGGAACGCCCUUUCCCCUACCAAUAAAGACAGCAAUGUCUGACAUUUCAGGGAACAAGAGUUUUAAAUAUGCAUUUCAGACAUUUUAGAAAACAGGUGUGGAGGAGUUUGCCAUUUCAGUGGAUGCACGCUCAUUCUUCUUUUUUUUUUUUUUUUUUUUUUUUUUUAAAUAUUGAAUGACUACUUGGGGCUAGCGCCGUGAAUUUAGUUUGCCUUAAACGCAACAUGGAUGAUCACCCAGUUCAACUUCCCAUCUGUGUGAACUCUGAGAUUUUUCACGAACUCGGUGCCUCUAUUUGUGCGCACACACACAGACACAUCCAGAUCAAAUCCGAACCAGCCAAGCACAAUCUGUCAAACAAAGUAUCCAUUUUAAGUGGCUCCAAACCAACAUCUGUCUUUGAACCCAUCCUCCACUCAGCUGCAUCCUCAGUCAGCCCUAGUCAUCACCUCCAGCCAUAUGGAUGUGCGAAGUGUGCGCACGCGCGUGCGUGUGUGGGGACUCUGUAAUUUCCAAAAUGUGCAGUUGUUUGCAUGAAGGUGUGUAACUGUUACACUUGUGAUGUUCAACAUGAGCUGACUUUUUUUUUUUAAACGAGCCUGUUACGAUGAUGAAGAAAAAAAAAGGAUCUUUUUUUAGUAUUCACCCAAGUAAUGGUAAGACUGUUCCAAUGGAGAUUUUGUAUAUUUUAAUGAGUGUGUUUUGUUCUUGUAUUAACCUUGAGGUGCGUGCUCCCGGUGCACCAUCCUAACAUGUAAACUUGUGAUGGUGUCCAAAUGGCAGAAAUCAAUUCCGAGUAUGUUUAACUUGCGACAUGCUUCUUUGCAGAGGUCCAGUCACAAUUGCCCUCUGCGCCCGUUUGUUUCUGUGUGCAAUGUUGCAAAAGGGGGACCAGUGUACAUAAUGUUAGAGGCCUUGCACUAACUUCACCGAAAACAUCCCUCUUUGUCUCCAUGCAGGUGCCUGUUUAUUUAUAAUGAAGGUCCUGUGUUGUGUUUGUUGUUUUAUAUUGGUUUAUAGUAGGAAACCCUUAGGUCCAAACCCAAUUCCGAUGAAGUUGGGACGUUGUAUUCAAUGCAUAAAAACAAUACAAUGAUUUGCAAAUCAUGUUCAUCCUAUUUCUAAAUUAAUGAUUGUUUGCUAAACAGAAUAAAGUUGAUCAGUUUGAACGUUGCAUAUCGUGUCAUUGUAAUGUAUUCAAUUAAAUAUUGGUCGAACAUGAUUUGCAAAUCAUUUUAUUCUGUUUCUAUUUAUGUUCAACACAACAUCCCAACUUCAGUGGAAUUGGGGUUUGUACUUGUGCUAUACGUUUGUUGUCAUGAUCCAGCUCAGUGUGUGUAUAGCCUGGCCUAGCAGCGAACAUGCUAACAUAAAGUACAAAAAAAGAUGGUCAAAAGGGUGACUGCUGGUCACCAGUACUUAAGUGCCUGGUAAAUGAAGGAUUAUUGAAAAAUGCUUCACUUUUAUUCUUUUUUUAAAUUCUUUUUUUAAUUUUUUUUACAUGACUCAAAUGCUUUUGUUCAUAAAAUUGUUUUUUUACGGUGUGUUAGUGUAAUGUUUCUACGAAUGCUAGACACUCACAUGUAGACUUAAAAAAAACUGCUUCAGCGAAAUUCCACCAUUAUGUAUGGAUAUAUACACAAGUAUAUUGACUGCUGUCAAUAAAGGUUCACAGUGUUUUUACC